AUGAAGUUCACAAAUAUUGCAGUUCUAUUAUUUGCAAGUGUUGCUCUUUCCAAAAACGUCAUGAAUCUUGAGAAUUUGCAUGCGGCUAUUGACAAAGAGGAAAAGUCAAAACGAGAUGCUAAAAAUGUGGUUUCCGUAGAUGACUUGUGGGCAGCUAUCGAUAAGGAAGAAGGAAAGUCAAAGAGGGAGGCAAAAAACGUACAAAAUAUUGAAGAUUUUUUCAAGAACCACAAUAAGAGAAACCAAGAUGUUCUUCUGACACCAGGGGAUGCCUUGCUUCAAAAUAUUCUUCCCCUGAUGCCCAGUGUUUCUAUCUUUGCUGGGUACUUAAGAGACGACGCAGAAAUACUUUCCGGAAUGGAAGCGAAAGAAACUUUUACGUUUUUACUUGCUCCUUCAGAUGAUGCUAUUGCCACUAAGCUUGGUGGUUUGAAACCGUGGGAGUUUCCAAAACAAGUAAAGAAUGAUGAUAGCGAUGAUGAAGUUAUUGCUUCAAAUAUCGACAACUUCUUGAAGGCUCAUAUAUCAUCAGAUGCAGCAGUUCGGGCUGGAUCUUCUGAACUCUCUACUGUUUUGCUCAAUGGAAAAAGCGUGAUUAUACAAAGUGAUCCUGCUACUGGAGUUUAUACCUUACAGGUUGAGGGAAAGCCAAUUCCAGUGUCUAGCUACCGUCUGGCAGGGAAUGGCGUCGUUUUGAUUAUUGAGGACGUGUUGAGUAAGCCUCAAGUUUAA